CUUUUGAGGACUACGGCGUUCUCCUGUUGGGAGGAAAAUACUUGUUCUGUCGCUUCUUCUGUGGAAAGAGAGUUCCACGAGCGGGCAAACUGAGAGCGAGGACGCAGCAAGAACGGAGUGAGUUCCUGGCUGGAAAACGACCGAGGAACUUGACUUAGAUCGCGAGGAAGUCUCUCACCUUCCUCAUUUCACUUCUUCCUUUGCUAUUGGAUGAGUCCGUUAGCACAUGCGUGGAGAGACGAAGCGAAAAAGCGCAUGUGUUCCGUUCUUUCUUCUUGUGAGCAUAACAAGAGAGAAACGAGAAAACCCGAAAAAAGACUGUGGCAGAAGUCAAAGAGCGUCGAUACACCGUCCCGCUCUUCGCAGCUGUCCACCUGAGGCCUCGUAAGUCUGGGUUUCGCUGCCUCCGGGAGCUGAGUCUGUCAGAGGCUUGUCGCGUUUCUCAGCUUCAAAGUCCCUGUUUUGUGUGCCUCGUCGCCAUCUCUUUUCGGUUUCUCCCGUUCGAUGUGCAUGCAAACACGCACAACGUAGGGGGAACAAGAAGGCUGGAGAGCGCCGCGAACAAGGCAGCGGGCACUGCUGAACGAAGCAACGCCCAGACCAUCGCUGCUCGGUUCCCCCAUGUCUCAGUGCAUGUACACCCAGUGGGACCAGAGAUGAUGGCGAAACUCUGCACCGAAUAAUGCCGCAGCCCCUCGUUCUCAGUCUGGAUUGACACACUGUCCAGUUCACACAUGGAGGGGCUGUACAGUGUGUAGCGUCGCCGCAUGUCGUUGUUUUUCUCCGUGUCAACUUUGCCUAACUUGUCGAUAUGGCGGACUCCAGUGCUUCAGGUGCCCGUCGCGAAAAGGCGACGCUGCAGCCUCCUGCUGCGGAAAAACAGGCUCUUCUCGACUUCACUUUUUCUCUCCGUUGUUCCACUUAUUCCCCUCUCCCGUCUCCCACCCUGUCUUCUCUCUCUCCUCCCUCUUCCCUCUCUUCUCCCCCUUCCCUCUCUUCUCCCUCUCCCCUCUCUUCUCUGUCGUCUCUUUCUCUCUUCCAUUCGUCUCACCGAGUCUGUCCGAUGCCUGUCCUGGCUGCCGCUUCGGCUGGACGCACGCCUCGCAACGCACCUCCCUCCGGACCUGCCGCGGGCCUGCUCAGCUCGCCCUAUCGGCUUUUGCUGCGUCCCCCUGCUCCCGUAGCAUGUUCUUCCCUCCCGGGCUCUGCUGAGAAGAAGGAGGGCAAUGGCCGGUUGGAGCGCACUGAGGAGGAGACGAAGAGCGCCCGAAUGAACUCUGGAAUUGCUGGCGCCGUCAGCGGCAUUGUCUGUGCCAGCAUCCUGCAGCCGCUUGACGUCAUCAAAACUCAGCAGCAGCAGCAGCAGCCUGUGACAGUUGGUGGGGUCCGACAGCGUCCGUCCGUGGCAGAGGUUUGCAGGCGAAUACACAGCAUGUGGGGUUUCCAAGGCUUUUUUCGGGGACUAUGGCCCUGCCUGAUUCGCGUCGGUCCCGGCACCGGCGUCUACUUUUAUUCCCUAGACAUGCUCACAGGCAGUUGGGGGUCUUUCGCUACGUUUUCGAGAAAGGCGGCUGAAGCUGUAGACCGCCGUUUCUCUUUCGCCCUCUCUGAAGGAAAAGAGAGGCAAGGGGAAGCUCAACAGAGAUCCCCCCAGAAGAAGCAGAUAGCCGAACGACAGCCGGAAGCGGAAGGAGAGAAGACAGCGACGAGAGAAGAGAAUGUGGUAGACGUGAAACGCGACAAGACGCGAGAAAUGACAGAGGAGACAGGAAGCCGGCGUGCAGCAGAAUGGCGUGGAAGAAUCCCUCAAGGAGGCGAAUGCGCGUGCGAAACGACGGCAACGCUCGUGCAUGCAGCCGCCGAGGAGACAGCUGCUACAGGCUUUCUCCUAGAAGGCGAAGCGGAACGCGAGGUGUCUCGGGAGGUCAACGCAGAGACGGUCUCGCCGAUUGAAGAAAGUCCGGGACCUGCCCCCCCGUGGUACAAUGCCGCUGUCGGCGCAGUCGCUAGAGGCGUCGCCGUCGUCUUCUUCAAUCCUAUCACUGUCGUCAAAUCCCGCGUCGAGAGCUCGUGGAUGACCUCGCGGUCCUCGCCUCCGAUUCACGCGGUGCUGCGGGAGAUGUGGCGCACAGAGGGCCCGGCGUCGCUGCUGCGCGGAGCGUGGCCGACGGUGCUCCGCGACGUCCCUUUUUCCGGAAUUUUCUUCGGUUUGUACACCUGGCUGCGAACUCAGGCGGGGAUGGACGGCGCCCGCCAAGACAUUUCGUACUUUGCGCUCAAAAACUUCUGCUGCGGAGCCUCGGCCGCUGCGCUGGCAUCGGCCGUCACGCACCCCUUCGACGUCGUCAGGACGCGGAUUCAGCUGUACGGACUGUACGUGGCGCAGCAAAGCGCAGGCGGAGACGGUGCAUUUGUGGGGAACUCCGCGGGGGCUUCGCGUGCGCCAGCAGGACCCGGACCCGGGAGUAACGGCGGCGCGAAGGUUCUCACGAUGCGAAACAUGAUGCGAGAAAUGGUGCGGGAGGAAGGCGUCGUGGUUCUCUGGAGAGGCUUGGCAGCGCGCCUCGCAAAAAGGUCACUCAUGUCCGCCAUGACGUGGACUUCUUUCGAGGAGCUGCGGGUACUCCUCGGAGACCUGAAACGGUGACGCAGCCACUGCCGGGUGUAUGUACACCCCGUCGCAGCGAGCGGGACUGGUACGGAGGACACAUAACUGCAGGUUGGACUUUCAGGAGUUGUUAAAAUGUGUUUUGUGGGUUAGCGGUCGUCUGGAAAUACACCGGGGUUCGAGACGCUUCGCAAGACUCGGACUGUCAACGCGUUCCUGCGCUGGCAGGGGCUUCUGUUGCAAACAGACAAACACAGACACAGACGCCUCACAUACACUACAGCGAAGCGAGGUGCGUAGCGGUAACACGGUUGACGUAUUCUGCGCACUCUACAAUGAGUUGGACUCGAAAGACGCUGGAAACAAAGUCUUGGGAAACUCGUGAAAAAGUCGGAAGGACCCCGCGGACCUGCGGCGGUUAAACCCUACGUCCAAUCGAGAAGGGAGAAUUCUGCUCUGCUUACGUUUGUUACGUUCCGUACAGUUGUAGGUAAAAGGUUGUUGUCGGAGAUUUAGACUAGCGUCAGGAGCGCUCUGUUUCAUUCGAUAGUCGACGCUCAAUCUUACCG